UUAUUAUAAAAGAAAUGACUAAAGAUGAGAAAAUUACUCCUAACAAUCCCAAACUUAAAUCCAGUGAGGUUCCAAGCUUAGUGGAGAUCUACACAAGAGGGACGCUUGGAGGAGCUUGAGCUUACUGUCUUUAUAGAGUGGUAGCCAGAGCAUUUAACUUGUGGAGUUUCUUCUAUAACACAAAGCAGCAGUUCGAGUAUAGGAUUUUGGUCAGAGGAACUUUGUUCACUGGGAUUUUGGGAUAUCUUGGAUAUGUACAGUUUAGGACCGCUUUUGAGCUCUCGGAUAGAAGAAAUGUGAUUUUGAGUAAGGAAGGGGAGAAUAGCGAGGAGAAGACUGAUGAGGAAAAAUUAGCUGAAGAAGAUUUGGAAAAUGUGUCUGAUAGAGAAGAGGAGAAGAAUAUAGAUAUACCCACAUUUCCCACUAUAUUUGCGAAUAUGGUAUUGGGAGGGAUUUCAGGAUUGUUUUGUUUGGGUUUAGUCGGAUUGGGAUCAAGCUCAAUGUUUGGUGAUAUUUCAAGACAGUUAACUUAUCCUUUAAUGGUUCUCGGAUCAGGGAGUUUUGCAUUAUUCCUCUUCUAUUCCACCUUCAAAGGAUUCAAAAUAAGACUUAAUAUCAUUGAAAAAAAUAACGAACAACGUAAGAAACUAUUUCUCUCAGAAGAAUCAGAUCAAGACCAAGACUCUUCCUCUUCAACCCCACCUAAACAACUCUAAUAUCCAAACCCUCAAGUUCAAUUUCAGGCUUCCAAAUUGUUAACCCAGAUUCUUAAAAUUU